GAGGGACAUAUGUAUCCGUGUUAAUAACUCUAAAAAUAAGUUGUAACAACAUAAAUUACCAGAGUCUUUAAGAAUUAUUUUUUUAACCAAAAUAAAUUUACACUCUUAAUGAAAAGAGCAGAAGUAUUCAUUUGAUGUUUCCAUGCGCACACAAGGCAUACGUAGCAUUAACACCCCCUCGCGGGAUUUCCCAGGGGAUGCUACUGUUUGGCGCCGUUUGUAUACUUGCAUUUUCAGUAAGCGCUGUGACGUUGGUGACUGCGGUGUUUUUUAUGUUUAGUUAGUUUUUUGAGGCGCGGGAAUUGCAAUUGAUAUUAUUUAUAUCACUAAUUCAUUUGUAGUUGUUCUCUUAUCAAUAUUAAAUGAAAUAGAUUUCACUCAGCAUUGGAUUUUCGACAAAAAUAAAAUGAAUUUAUCAUUGGACCACUUCGUCAAAAAUGUUUACCAAAUAAAAACUAUUUGUUGAUAUUAUUUCAUAAAUAUCAUGGACUACAUAAGAGAAUUUGAUAUUAGAUUAGACAAAGAAAUGUUCUACGCUGGAGAAAUAUUAGAAGGUCAUGUUGUACUGGAUACAAUUGAAAACUUUAAACUAAAAACUAUGCGAAUAGUUCUCAGAGGUAAAGCUCAUGCUGAAUGGCAAAUUUUGGUUAGUGGUGAUCGGUCAGCAGUAAAAGAUGACCAAUACUUUAUUGAUAAUAGAUCACUUAUAUUCGGGAAAGCAGAUCGACAUGACGGUCCUGUUCCCAUAUUGCCACGUGGGAUUCAUCAUUUUCCAUUUAGGUUUCAAUUACCUCAAAGCUCAUUACCGUGUUCAUUUGAAAGCAAGCCAGGUUAUGUUAGAUACUAUAUAAAGGUGACACUUGAUAUUCCUUAUGCGUCGCCUCCUCAAGGGAUGAAAUAUUUUACUAUAAUAGGACCGCAUAUAGACUGUAUGGAUGAUCAAUAUCUCAAACCUAUUGGAGCUUUAGAAAAACGGUCCAAAUGUUGUAUGUGUUGUAAAAGCAAUAGAAUUGUAUUGCAAUGUCAAUUAGAAAGAACAGCAUACGUCUGUGGGGAAGCACUACGCCUGAAAGCUAACAUAAAAAAUCAAAAUAAUAAAGAAAUAAGACUUAAGAUUAGACUUUUUCAGAAUGUUCAUUAUUCUAUUGAACGGGGUAUACUAGGAGUACAAAAUCAAAAGGACGUUCAACAUUUAGUGUUGGAGUAUAUCGGUGAACCAAUACAAACUGGAUGUGAGUCUCAAUGGGAUUCAGCAGACGGACUUAUUUUACCGGUGAUGCCACCAACAUUGAUAGGGAUAUGUCGACUUCUACAAAUAUAUUAUGUACUCAAGGUACUAACAUAAUUAAGAAAUUAUGUAGUAAAAAUUUUUAUUAUCACAUUCCUUAGUAAUAUAAUCAAAACCUGGGUAUUAGUCAAAAAUAUUUCUGAAAA